AUGACGACGAACGUGAAGAAAAGCAUCGUGGUAGCUGGGGGAAAUGGCUUCCUGGGAUCUCGAAUCUGCAAAUCAGCAGUGGCACGUGGAUGGGAUGUAACAUCCAUCAGUCGCUCCGGUGAGCCCUCAUGGUCGUCCGUAACUUCCUCAUCCACUCCACCACCCUGGGCCACCUCCGUCACCUGGGCCAAGGGCGACAUACUCAAACCAUCCACCUACACAACCUGCCUCAAAUCUGCCGAUGCGGUCGUCCACAGCAUGGGCAUCCUUCUAGAAGCAGACUACAAAGGCGUCAUUACAGGCAAGGAGUCUGUAUUCUCUGGACUCUCCAGAGCAUUCAGCAGUACGAAGUCUGGUAGUAGUGGGAACCCGCUCGAGAGGGAGCCAGGCGGAGAACUUGCCGCAGGGGAGAGAGAUGGACAGCUGACCUAUGAACUGAUCAAUCGGGACAGUGCAAUUGCACUGGCGCAGGAGAGUCAGAGGGAGGGCGUGAAGUGCUUUGUCUUCAUUUCUGCCGCGGCGGGUGCACCAAUGUUGCCGCAGAGAUAUAUCACGACAAAGCGAGAGGCAGAGACCACCAUCGCGAGCGAGCUGGUCAAGUUGAGGAGCGUCUUUAUUAGACCUGGCUUCUUGUAUGAUUCAUCAAGAAAAUUCACUCUGCCCAUCGCCGCCUCAGGCAUGGUAGGCUCGGCCGUCAAUGGAAUUGUGGGUGGCAGCCUAACGAGCAUCUUUGGUGCAGCUGUCGAGAAGCCGUUGAAGGCCGAUCUAGUGGCUGAAGCGGUAGUUGAAGCCAUCGCAGAUGAAGACACGAAAGGCGUGGUAGGCACAAAGGAUAUCGAGGCACUAGCCGCGAAAGCAUGGCGAAAAACAAUGUUCCUCCGCACUCGCUGCGUGGAAGAAGCUCCUGACUCGGAAUAA